CCGCGCCGCGUGGUGGUCCAGGCGUCCACCAGCGAACUGCUGCGCUGCCUGGGCGAGUUCCUGUGCCGCCGCUGCUACCGCCUGAAGCACCUCUCGCCCACCGACCCGGUGCUGUGGCUGCGCUCCGUGGACCGCUCGCUGCUGCUGCAGGGCUGGCAGGACCAGGGCUUCAUCACGCCGGCCAACGUGGUGUUCCUCUACAUGCUGUGCCGCGACGUCAUCUCGGCCGAGGUGGGCAGCGACCACGAACUUCAGGCGGUGCUGCUCACCUGCCUGUACCUCUCCUACUCCUACAUGGGCAACGAGAUCUCCUACCCGCUGAAGCCCUUCCUGGUGGAGAGCUGUAAGGAGGCCUUCUGGGACCGCUGCCUCUCCAUCAUCGACCUCAUGAGCCCCAAGAUGCUGCAGGUCAACGCCGACCCCCACUUCUUCACGCAGGUCUUCGCCGACCUCAAGAAGGAGAGCGGCGCGGAGGAGAAGGGCCGUCUGCUCAUCGGGCUCGACCGGUGAGCCCCGCAGCGCCCCGACCGCCGCCGCCCCGAGGUGACUCCGCCGGAGGCUCCCCCUCCCCCGUCCGUUAUCCCCACCGAGGCGGCCCCGAUUCGGGGCUCCCGCCGCCCCAUCCGUUCUCCUCUUCGAGGCGGCCCGGAGGAGGGCUCUCCUCGGCCCGCCGCCGAUUCCCUUCGAGGUGACCCCGGCACCGAUUAUCCCCAUUGAAGUGACCGACGGAG